AUGCCGAUAGAAAUGCCGAGGGGCCUCCCCUUCGCCGUGGACACGUGGGGCCCCUCCUCCCGCCGCCGGCGCCACCGCUUCCUCACCCACGCGCACCGGGACCACCUCGCCGGCGCCGGGGCCGCGCCCGACGGUGGAGCCGUCGUCUACGCCACCCGCCUCACCAUGUCCCUCGCCCUCCGCCACUUCCCCCAGCUGGAUCAGGGGGAGUUCGUGGAGGUAGACGUGGGGAAGACGCUGGCGGUGGACGACCCCGCCGGCGCAUUCUCCGUCACCGCGUACGACGCCAACCACUGCCCUGGGGCGGUUAUGUUCUUGUUUGAGGGUGAAUUCGGUAGCAUACUGCACACGGGGGACUGCCGGCUUACACCGGAUUGUGUACAGGAUUUGCCGAUGAAGUACAUUGCAAAGAAAGGGAAGGAAAAUAUCUGCCGUCUAGACUUUGUGUUCCUGGACUGCACAUUCUCCAAAUGCUUCCUCAAGCUACCGAGCAAGGAGUCGGCAAUUCAGCAGGUUAUAGCUUGCAUCUGGAAGCAUCCGGAUGCACCUUUUGUUUAUCUUGCUUGUGAUCUUCUUGGUCACGAAGAGAUCCUAGUCGAGGUGUCCAGGACGUUUGGAUCGAAGAUUUAUGUCGACAUGAGAAGGAGCUCAGAUUGUUAUAAAGCACUGUCACUCACGACGCCUGAUAUCAUCACUGAUGAUCCAUCUUGUCGCUUUCAGAUAGUUGGAUUCUACCAAUUAUAUGAUAGUGCAACUAAAAAGCUUGAAGGUGCAAGGGCUAAUCAUCAGCCGGAGCCUUUAUUUAUCCGUCCGUCAACACAGUGGUAUGCCUGUGGUCGAAACCAGAAUCCCAGCCUAACAGAAGCUGUGCAGGACGAUUUUGGGAUAUGGCAUGUUUGCUUCUCCAUUCACUCCUCCCGUGAUGAGUUAGAGCAGGCGCUGCAACUUCUACAGCCUCAGUGGGUCAUCUCAACUACUCCCCCAUGCUUUGCCAUGGAGCUGAGCUAUGUAAAGAAACGUUGUUUCAAGACACAUUUGGCAACUGAUGACCCACUGUGGAAGAUAUUCAGAGAUCCUCUCCAAAAGUCUGUAUCCUCACCCUCAUCAGUGCUCGCUUCUUCCACGCAGACAGAUGAAGAUUCCUCAACUUCUGUUGAUAGCGACCAUCCAACCCUUGGCAGUGAAGAAUGCACACAUUUUGAUAUUAGCACACUUGAACUGCAAUUUGUUCCAUCCCCUCCGGUUCAAGAACCAGAUAUUACAUUGUUUGGAAGGGCAAGGUUUUGUUCUCAAGCAAUUGACAUAAUGAAAGAAGAUUUGUGCUACCAGCAUAUUCCUGCUGAAGAAACAGGGUUAUGCACGCCGGUAGAUUCGCUUGAAGAUUACAGCGAAGAUUUUGAAACAUAUUCAGGGAUGGAUUUGAUCUCAAAGCAAGCACCAGCGUCCCAACAGGAUCUUGUGGAAGCUGGACAUGAGGUCCCUUCCUGUAACUGUGAAGCAUCCCUAACCCUACCAGAAGCAUUUACAGUUCAACCACUGCCUGAUGUUCAAAGCAUUGCAUUAGUGGUGCCUCAUAAACCUGAGAAGUCUGAAACCAUGGUGGAGCCAAAAUCUCCAAGCGCCGCUGAAAGUUCAAGCCCUUGCAGAGUUAGAAGGGCACAAACAUCAGAUUAUCAAAAGGACCUUUCGUUUGUCAUCGGAUCAUCAAAAUCUUUGAAUGCAAGUUUGAAGAGGUUGUACAGAUCGAGGAAUCUCCCUGUCCCGCGUCCUCUCCCAUCAUUGGUUGGACUUCUGGAAUCCUCUAAACGAGUCAAAAUGCGAUCCAGCUCUGAUUAUAGUUCGUUGAAUUCACGGCACAGCUUACCUUAAAGAUUAAGAUUGAGCUUUAUACCUUUACCUUCAAGAUAAGAUAUACAAGUAUUUUAUAGCAUAUACAACAUAUUGUUAUUGCUAUUCUUACGGUAAUGGGAGUGUUGUCAGCAAAAUUGCAUCAUUGUAAGAUUAAUAUAUCUCGAGGGUGUACAUGUACUCUAUGUAUGGUUUUCAAAUUGUUGUACAGAAAAUUGGUGUAAUUUCCAUUGUCAGAUAAAUGAAAGUGACUUUGCUAUA